AUGAGCAUCGUACACGUAUCUUCUCUGAAUAGCCUCUCCACCGUUCUCGAAGGCGCAAAGUCUCAACUCGUAGUAAUUGACUUUCAUGCUACUUGGUGUGGUCCUUGCCACCAAAUUGCGCCUCGCUAUGAGCAUUUGGCCAAGAUAAACCCUCAAGUCCACUUCUUGAAGUGCGACGUCGAUGCGGCUCAAGAUGUCGCCAGGCACUAUAAGAUCUCGGCUAUGCCUACUUUCAUUUUUCUCAAAAACGGUAAACAAGUAGAUAUGGUUAGAGGCGCUGACCCAAGGAGCCUCGAACACGCAAUCAAGAAACACAAAAGCUUUACUUCGGACGAUACUGCCUUCCUCGUUGCCCAAACUAAGAACGCCCAAUCACUAGCCUCUAAUUUACCGCCUGAUUCCGAAGUAGAACUCGCCGAGCGCGAAAGGGCAGAGAAACAUAUUAAUAGUCAUUCUUCAAGGUUAGGGAAAGAUGUGGAAAUUGUUAGGAAAGAGGUGGCGGACGGCUGGAAGGCGAUGGGUAAUAAUUUCUUGAAAGACUCGCGCGCCGGAGAUGCUAUUUUGUGCUACAGUGAAGCUUUGAGACUGGAUCCCACCAACUUAGUCUACAGGAAUAAUCGAGCUCAAGCGGCGUUGCAAGAUAAAUGCUGGGGUAUGGCAUUAGCAGAUGCAGCUGCUGUUGUGAGCAAAGAACCAGAUAAUACCAAAGCGUGGAUCCGUUUGGGUAAGGCUUUGCGAGCACUGGGGAAAAUUGAUGAAUCGAUCGAUGCAUUUACGGCUGCGGCCAUCGCCUCUCCCUCCUCUGCCGCAAUGAGCGAAAUUAGCGAAAGCGAGCGUAUCAAAGCGAGCGGUAGUGGGGAACCUCUUCCAGAAGAAGGAUCGAUAGGAUGGGAUAUCGGACUAAGGAGGACCGAAGCUUUGAGUAUGCAGCUCGAAGAGGAUUAUGCUAAAGGGAAGGGUGUAUUCGCGAAGUCAUGA